GCGGAUUCCUGCAUGCAUCCAAAUUGUCUCAUUCUAGAGACUCCGCGCGCGUGCUCUGCUCCUCCACAUGUCUUCGAUGUCGCAACUCGAUUCGCUCAGAGAUAAUCCCCUAGGCAGAGCUCGGGCAUCCCCCCAAGGCUUUCUGGCCCCAUCCGAUUCCUGGGGGCGUCCGCCAGAGCUGGGAUGAGCCCUUCCAUCGUCGUGCCCCCCAGGCCCCAGCGGCCGGCCCAGCAUGUUCAUGCGCAAGCUUUGGGUCUCUCGGCGAGCUCGAACUUCUCGAGUUGGACGCCCGGGGUCGGCGCUCAGGGCAGCGGCCCAGCGAACGCAAGCCUCGCCUCGAAGGACAAAGGGAAGGGCAAGGAGCAGGAUGCACCAGCCAUCUCAAACCUGGUGGUGGCGAAGCCGAGCCCGAAGGUCGCGGGCUGGACGGAGUUUACGACGACCUGGCGGAUCUGCUCCGUGACGUCGUGCGGGAACGUCCUCGACGACGACUGGCCGUCCAAGCGGUGCCAGCCGUGCAGGGAGGCGGAGGCGGCCGCACGGACGAAGGCGGGCGCCCGCCGCCGCGUCCAGGGCGCAGUGCAGGGCGUACGGUGCGCGUCGUGCUGCGUCUGCAACGUCCCCGUCCUCGCGGGCGGGGCCGCCUCGCCAGACAGCGCCGAGCCGCCCCUCUGUGUCCCCUGCCGCGAGCGCAGGGCCGCGCUCGUGGACGCAUCAUUCCAGCUCCCGCCGCUCGCCCAAAAGCCGCAGCGGACCCAGCGGCAGCACCCACCACCCCUCGAGAUCGUCAUGCAGGACGCGGCCCCGAGGCAGAAACGCAAACUCAGCUGCAGCACCGGCACCAACGCGCUCGGGCGUCGCCCGCCCCCUUUUGCCCACGUCUCCCAUCCAGCCCCCCAUCCCCCUCCGCCGAUGUCGACCGUGCACCCCGCCCCCGGGGACGCACGCCCUCUCUUUCCCCAGCCCCCGCCCCCGCAUCCGCCUCAGCCACAGGGCUCGUUCGCGCCGAUGCCGAUCGCCCCCACCGCACAUGCAUACAGCCACAGCCGCGCGACCGCCAGUAGCGGCAGGCCGCGCAUCCCCGCCCC